AGGGAAACUGAACGAAAAGUUUUUUCCAAAACGAAAGCAACAUUUCUCCAUUGAUUUCACAUUUAAUUUUCAUUAAUUUGUGAAAUCAAUACAUAACUAAUAUUUAGCGCAACUAUUUUUUCGUAAAGAAAUCAAAAAUGACAUCAAAUAUCGACGAUAUGACCGCCAGUGAAAUGAACAGUUCAUCUGAUUUGCAAAUAAUGGAUACGAGUCCUGACUCUAUAAUUCCGGAGAGCGAUAACGACUCUGGAAUCGUUGCCAUCGCUAACAACAAUAGGAUCGGUUCCACGGCCUCCAACUCCGAUGAAGACCACCAAAGCUUCAAAGACAAGGUCAAUCAAUCACUAAAUCAUCACUCGAUAAGUUAUGGCCCCAAACCUCGCGUCCGUUUUGACGACGAGUUACCGCUUUCUGAACAAAAUAUGCGGAAAUCGUGUAAAAAAUUAUUUGAAACUCUUUUGCAACAAAAUAAGGACAAUCCGACCGCCAGUAGUGUCGGCCCGACAGGUGCUUAUAAUAACGAUUCCGGAGCCGCCAAGAGUUCGGCUCUACUGCCCGCCUGUCAGUGCCAUCGAUUCGCACAGUCGUUGCCGUCGAUGACCAAAAAUAAUUCAUGUAAUAAUUGCGGCACUAAUUCCAACCUUAAUCUAAAUACAGUGGAAUCGUUUGACGACAACGAACUGCUUAUCACAACUUAUGGCCGACAAUGCAAUUACGGCAGAGAACCGCCGGUCACUAGACGUCAAAAGUAUCACACGUUAGACAACCGGAAGAGUCGCAGCCAUUGGACGCUCGAUAACAGCCCUAAGGGUCGGACAUUUGAGGACAUCGAUAGGUCUGGCAUUAAUUGUGAUGCGGCUCUCGAUCGCAUCAAACGUAUGUCC